UCACAUUAAUACAUUAUUAUCAAUUUUCUGCAUAUUUACAUUUUUAGCCCCAACAUUCUCCCCUAAUUAUAUUUUAUCUUCUUCCCCAUUUUCUCACUCUUCUAUACUACUUUUCCAGGAAAUUUUCAAAUUUUCCUGGAAAAUCAUUUUCUCAUUCAAUUCAAACCCACUUAUUAUAUCAUCUCUAUUUAUUUAUUUAUACCCCAAAAAAUAUUCCUUUAUUCCAGAAUCUAUAAAUUAUAAACCCUAAAAAAAAAUCUGAUUUUGAAUUUGAAUUUGAAUUUGUAAUUUUCGGAUGGGACAAGGGCAAUCGAAAAGCGAAUUGCUCUACCAGCAAGUCAGUUAUGGGAAUUCCGAUGGAAUCAAAGCCCUUCAUAGAGAAGGUGCAGGUCUUGAGUGGAUGGAUAGAGAAGGAAAGACACCCUUGAUUGUUGCUUGUAUGAAUCCUGAGCUUUAUAAUGUUGCUAAGACUUUGAUUGAACUUGGAGCCAAUGUCAAUGCGUACCGCCCUGGUCGUCAUGCUGGAUCUCCAUUGCAUCAUGCAGCUAAAAGGGGACUUGAAAGCAUUGUUAAGUUACUUCUUUUGCAUGGAGCCAAUCCUUUGCUCAUGAAUGAUGAUUGUCAAACUCCUCUUGAGGUUGCCCGGGCUAAAGGAAACAGCAAUGUUGUUCGUGUAAUUGAGAGUCAUAUAUGCUUGUUCUCUGGUUGGCUGCGGGAGUUUCAUGGACCUGGAUUUCUAGAAGUUGUAGCUCCUAAUUUGGUAUCGAGAAAAGUUUGGGUGGUUGUUUUACCAGUAGGCUCCCGUGUUCUCACCACGCCUUACAAGUUGGAGCUUGCCGUAUAUGCUUCUUUGCAGGAUGCACGACCCCGUACAAUUAUUCCUCUGUGGAAGGCCAACUUAGAAGAACCAAAGCUUCGUCAGUCGGAUCCGUCAGUGGCAAUUAGUGAUAAGACUACCAGAACACGCCUUAAAUUUGGGCCUGCAAGUGAGAAUGACAGGCAACAACUUACUUGGUUUUCUAAUGCUUGCAAAGGAAUGCCGCAGGUAAGUCCAGUAUUUUUGCAUAAUAAUCUGCCUACAGUUCCACCAACAGCACCGCCUGAUGCUGAAGACCCAGAAUUGGCUAUGGCUAUCCAAGCAUCUAUUCAGCAUGCUCUUCACGAGAGGCCAAGCUUUCCUGAUGCCCAGCCAAACUCUGAAGCAAGCUCUUCCAUCAACGGAGUGAGUGCAGUGCAAGGUUUUCUUGGCACUCCAAAUAUAAAUGAUAGUGAAUCUGUAGCUGUUCCAGGUGGCAAUACUCAACAUGUCCAGAACGAUGACAAUGUCUCUGCUGGCCAUACUACUAGCGGUCUGGAUUUGAAUCCAUCAGCUCCUCCAUUUGCUGAUGAUGUUCAAUUAGAUGGCCCGGUUCAUUAUCCGUCCAUUGAUUUGAGCCCUGUUGAUGUAUCAUCAUCUCCACUAGUUGAGAAGCUACCUAAUGAAGAAGGGAAAACUGCUGGUGGAAGUGGUUCAACAUGCGUGAUAUGUUUAGAUGCUCCAGCAGAAGGGGCAUGCAUACCCUGUGGCCAUGUUGCUGGAUGCAUGUCUUGCUUGAAUGAGGUUAAAACAAAGAAAUGGGGUUGCCCCGUUUGUCGAGCUAAGAUAGACCAGAUCAUUAAGCUAUAUCACGUUUGAGGGUUGAAACAGUGUCGAGAAGCUUACUUUGCUACCACCUGUUAUAUAAGUAGCAGUACAUGAGAGACGAAAAUCCAUAUUCAUUUAAAAAUAUGUUUACAGCAAGCAAAGACAAACAGAAAAAUGUAGUAUCCACACCUCACAGGUUUUUUUGUGAAUAAUGUUAUUUCAUAUUUUUUUUUUCUUUCUAUGUACUUGUGGGUUCAAAUUAUCACUUUUGGAAGUGAAUUGUGAAACUGGUGUAAGUAAUACUGUAAUAGGUCUUGAAUACACUAAGAUUUUGACCAAUUUUGGUUUAAUAUCGAAGAGACUCGGUGAAAAAAGUGGUCUCGGGAUACCUGGGAUCUGUAUUACAACCGAUGAAAUUCAUGUACACUAUUUAGAUUUGUAUUGUGUUUGUUCUUGUAUUAUAUUGCAAAAUAGUUUCAUGUA